AGGCAGCAGGAAGCGGCAGGGCCGCCAUGGAGGGGUCUCCGCCGCCCGCCAGCCCCCCCGGGCUCUCGGCCUACGUGGCCGUGUCGCAGCUGCUGGGGCUGACGCUCUUGGCCACCACCGGCGCCUGGCUGGGCCGCUACCGGGGCGGGGGGGGCUGGCAUGGCCACCUCCAGUUCAACGUCCACCCGCUCUGCAUGGUGCUGGGCAUGGUGUUCCUCCAGGGUGAUGCUCUCCUGGUCUACAGGGUCUUCAGGCACGAAGCCAAGCGUUCCACCAAGGCGCUGCACGCCCUGCUCCACGGCCUGGCGUUGGUCAUCGCCCUCGUGGGCAUCGUCGCCGUCUUCGAGUCCCACCGGGCCAAGGGCAUCCCCAACAUGUACAGCCUGCACAGCUGGUGCGGGAUGGCCGCCUUCGUGCUCUACCUCCUGCAGUGGCUCCUGGGCUGCGGUUUCUUCCUGCUCCCCGGGGCCUCCUUCUCCCUGCGCAGCCGCUACAAACCCCUGCACGUCUUCUUGGGCAUCGCCCUCUUUGCCCUCUCCAUCGCUGCCUGCCUGCUGGGCAUCACUGAGAUGCUCCUCUUCAACAUCAGUGACUCUUACAGCCGCUUCGUGCCCGAGGGUGUCCUGGCCAACACCCUGGGGGUGCUGCUGGUGGCCUUUGGGCUGGUGGUGGGCUACGUGUUGACACGGGAGGACUGGAAGCGCCCGCCGCUGGCCGAGGAGCUGGCCCUCUCCAUGGACUUCAAGACCCUGACGGAGGGUGAGAGCCCUGGGGGUGGCAGCCAGUGACGUCCCCAGCUCCCCAGGCCCUGGCACGGGCACCUCGUGGUGUCUGUCUGUGGGGAUGUCCUUGUGCACCUCGUCCCCAGUGCCUUGGGGCUCUGCCUGGCUCGGGGUGACGGGGACAGCUGGGGAAGGACACGCUUCUUGGUGUAUCGCUGCCUGUUGGGUUCAGCCUCGCUUGGCCUUAAUCCUCCUCAGCUCAGUCCCACGCAGCCCCCGGUGACCCCCCGAGCUUGUCCCCAGCCCCAUGGGGACAGUGGCACCACAGGCAGGGGCUGGCAGCAUCACUGGGGCACGAAGGAAGGGGGUUCCCCGGGCUCUGCCCUGCUCUGGGGAUGGGGGGGGAGUGGGAGCCCAGAUUUCCCCACUGAGAGCAGCCGAAACCCACAGCCCCUUCCCAGUGCCCAUGGGCAGAGGGGUUGGUUGCCAUCACCCCCAUUUCCCACUCGCUGGCAGCCCAUCACCCCCCCAGCCCGGCCGUGUGUGGGGGCUGCUCUCCCCAAAGGGUUCCCCGGGGGCUCGGAGUGACCCGGUGCCUGUGAAGGUUCAGCAUCUUCGUGUCCGAAAUGUUCUCCCUCUCGUGCCAUGUGUUGUCUGCUCAGUGGAUGCUCCUGACCCAAUAAAUGUUUGCAGCUAA